CGAGGUAGCUGGGCGGCCCUUAUAGCGUGCGGCGGGAGGAGGCUCCCGGCAGUCCGGGCUGAGGCGCUGCGGGAGGAGGCUGAGGUGCGGGUACCCUGCGGGAGAGACGGCCGCUCGCUGUGCUCCGUUGCUGCCGCCAUGUCCCGGGAGCCCGAGAUCAUGGAGUGUCAGGUGAUGUGGGAGCCUGACACCAAGCGCAAUACCCACAUGGACCGGUUCCGCGCCGCCGUGGCCAGCAGCUGCGGGCUCCGUCUGGCCAACUACAAUGACUUAUACCAGUGGUCAGUGGAAUCCUUCUCAGACUUCUGGGCAGAAUUCUGGAAGUACAGUAACAUCGUCUGCUCUCGCCUCUAUGAUGAGGUGGUUGAUACUUCCAAAAGUAUUGCAGAUGUCCCAGAGUGGUUCAAAGGCAGCCGUCUGAACUAUGCAGAGAAUCUCCUGAAGCACAAGGACAAUGACAAGAUUGCACUGUAUGCAGCAAAGGAAGGCAAAGAAGAAAUUGUGAAAGUAACUUUUGAAGAAUUGAGACAAGCUGUAGCUUUGUAUGCUGCAGCCAUGAGGAAGAUGGGAGUAAAAAUAGGAGACAGAGUUGUGGGUUACUUACCAAACAGCAUUCACGCGGUGGAAGCGAUGCUGGCUGCUGCAAGUAUUGGUGCUAUCUGGAGUUCAACAUCACCAGACUUUGGCAUUAACGGUGUACUGGACAGAUUUUCCCAAAUUCAACCAAAGCUCAUCUUCUCUGUUGAAGCUGUUAUAUACAAUGGCAAAGAACAUAACCACCUGGAAAAGCUCCAUAGUGUGGUGAAAGGGCUUCCAGAUAUUAAAAAAGUUGUGGUGAUUCCAUAUGUCUCCUCAAGAGAAACCAUAGAUAUUUCUAAGAUUCCAAACAGUGUCUUUUUAGAAGACUUCCUUGCUACUGGGAAAGGAGACCAGGCCCCUCAGCUGGAGUUUGAACAGCUGCCUUUCAGUCAUCCUCUCUUCAUUAUGUAUUCAUCAGGCACCACAGGGGCACCAAAAUGCAUGGUUCAUUCAGCAGGGGGUACACUAAUACAGCACCUGAAGGAACACAUUCUUCAUGGCAACAUGACCAGCAAUGACAUUAUUAUGUACUAUACAACAACUGGUUGGAUGAUGUGGAAUUGGUUAGUGACUGCACUUGCUACAGGAGCUUCAGUGGUCCUGUAUGAUGGAUCUCCUCUAGUUCCAUCUCCAAAUGUGCUCUGGGACUUGACUGACAGACUUGGGAUCACCAUCCUUGGAACGGGUGCCAAGUGGCUGGCUGUGCUACAAGAGAAAAAUUUAAAACCAUGUGAAACACACAAUCUCCAAACACUCCACACUAUCCUGUCUACAGGAUCCCCUCUCAAGGCUGAAAGCUAUGAGUAUGUCUACAAACACAUCAAGAGCAGUGUCCUUCUGGGAUCUAUUUCAGGUGGAACAGAUAUAAUUUCAUGUUUCAUGGGUCAGAAUGUUACAAUUCCAGUUUACAAAGGAGAAAUUCAAGCCAGAAAUCUUGGAAUGGCUGUAGAAGCAUGGAAUGAUGAAGGAAAACCAGUUUGGGGUGAAAGUGGAGAGCUGGUUUGUACCAAGCCUAUCCCUUGUCAGCCUACUCACUUCUGGAAUGAUGAGAAUGGGAGCAAAUACAGAAAGGCUUAUUUUUCAAAAUUUCCAGGUGUUUGGGCCCAUGGUGAUUACUGCAAAAUCAAUCCCAAGACAGGAGGAAUUGUCAUGCUGGGUCGCAGUGAUGGCACAUUAAAUCCAAAUGGCGUGAGAUUUGGAAGCUCUGAAAUCUACAACAUAGUUGAAGCCUUUGAGGAGGUUUCAGACAGCCUCUGUGUCCCUCAGUACAACAAAGAUGGUGAGGAGAGGGUGAUACUCUUUCUGAAGAUGGCAUUAAACCACACGUUCAGCCAGGAUCUGGUGAAAAGAAUUCGUGAUGCGAUCCGCGUAGCACUUUCUGCCAGGCAUGUUCCAAGCCUCAUCCUAGAAACCAAAGGCAUUCCGUAUACAAUAAAUGGGAAAAAAGUGGAAGUAGCUGUGAAGCAAAUAAUUGCAGGGAAACAAGUUGAGCAGCGGGGAGCUUUCUCAAACCCAGAGACUUUGGACCUGUACCAAAAUAUUCCUGAGCUUCAGAACUUCUGAAGUCACUUGGUUGGGGUUUUACUUUUGCAUCUGUCUGUUCUGUUUGUUUUUGUAUAUACCAAUAUUGUAUGUAAAGAAAAAGCUCUAUUUAAUACCAGAACUGUUUCAUUAAGUGCAUUAUGAACGGCUUGGGUAAAGCUUAGCUCCCUUUUAUUGGUUAAAUAUGCCAUGUAUCUUGGAGUUUUUUUCCAGCCUGGAAGGAGAAACCUGCCUGUUUUGAUUUUGUUGUUUUUUUUUUUUUUUUAAUGUGUAUAUAUACAUAUAUAUAAAUAUAUAUGAGUGCAUCUUUUCUGUUUAGAUUUACAUCAGCAGCCCAUCAAAGUGGAGCACCAGUAGCAUAAGUUAAAGUUGCAAAUAGAAUAUUUCUUUCAUGAAAUAAUUGCUUUCUUUUUUUUAAGCUAGAUUUUUAGCAAUUUUUUUUUUUCAGUCCAUGUGUUUCAGUCACCUGGAAAGGAAUAUAGUGAUUUUAACUACUUGACUGCAAAGCAUGAAAGUGUUAUAUAUGUAGUGUGCAUUUAAGUGUUUUUAUAAAGCCAAAUCAUAAUGCACUAAACCCAUUUGACUUGACUCAGAUCAAUUUAAGUCUUGAAAUAUCUCAUGGUACCCUUGAAGGUAAUUGCUGCUUUAUUUUGCAAUGUAACCUUCCUUUUGUUUUGAGCUUUUAGUUGACAGACAUCUGGAGGCUCAGAAGGAGAGGGAGCAAUCAGCUCCUCCUUUUCCCUGGUGUAGCUCCAGGUUAUUUCCAUGGAAUUUACUGUCAUUACUCUGGAUUAACAUCAUUGCAGUUGAAUACAGCAUUUUGCUCCUUGUUUUGAAGUUCUUUCCUGGCUGUAAGGCUACAAUCCAGUGUAAUAUUAGCUGAAGAAUUCCAGUGUGUUCAUUUAUUAAAAGCUGAUGUUUUUGUAACUUUUUUACUAAAUGUCAUAUUGAAAGUGAAAGACUAAAAUGUUUUCUAGCUCUGUAUCCUUCCAGUUUAUAAAGGGAAAAAUACUGUAAUGAGCAUACUAAAAUGGUGAAAUGGAAGCACUAAAACAUAGUUUUGUUUUUCAUAAAAUAGAAUUGGAGUAGUUGUACCAAAACUCUGGCAUUCAGUGUCUCCUGCACUAUUUGAAUUUUGUGGGUUAAAUAUUUAAUGCAUUAAAAUCAUGGAUGUCCUUACAAUUGUGUUGAAUGCUUUCAGCAUUGCUAAAGAGUUAAUUAAAAUAAAUUGAUUCUUUAAAC